GCAAAGCAGGCGGGGGGGGCAGGAGGGCGUGGCGGGCGUGCAGCCCCCUGCUCGGCCCAGCUCCCCGCGGAGCCCCCCCAGCUCGCAGCGGGGCACGACCUGCCCGGCCCAGAGACCUGGGGCCCCGUUUGCGGGGCCUGGGCUACGGGGAAGCCGCGGGGCCGCGGGAGGUUUGCAGCCGCCUGCCUGCCUGCCUGCGGGAGCUGCGUGUGCUCUGGCUGGAGCCCCAGCGCCGCAGCAAGGAGCAGGUCGCGGUGAGGGUGAAGGGCGAGGAGGGGCCCUCCGACGAGAUGCAGCCCCCGGGGGCCCUGCAGGACCCUGGUGAUCCCCGGCGGGAGCAGCCCAGCACCCGUGGUGCGGACAGGCCUCUGGACCAGCCACCUCCCGGCCCCAGAGACGAGCCCCUGCCCCCCCAGCAACCAGGUGCUGGGACCCUGCCGAGAGCUGAGCAGCAGCCUGCUGAGGAGGGGCCGGUGAUCCUGGAGCUGCAGAGGAUGUGCGCAGGGAGCCUGGAGGAGAGGACCUCCCUGACCCCUGAGCCAGGCCAAGUGCAGAAGGGGCAGGCCAGGCCUCCAAAGCAGGAGGAGAGCUCGGAGCUCCGGGAGGUGUUUGAGGACGUGGCUGUGUAUUUCACACGGAAGGAGUGGGAGCUGCUGGACGAUGACGACAGGGUGCUUUACCAGGAGCAGAUGCUGAAGAAUUACCAAGCCCUCGUUUCCCUGGGCUAUCGAGGUCCCACACCUGACUUAAUCUGCAGCAUCCAGCAAGGACGGGUGGAUCUUUGGACCUGUGCUGAUGAGGACUGUGGGGAAAUGUCAAGAGGGGAGGACCUAGUGCCAGGAGGUGCCUGGCUGCUGAGCAGAGCUGAGGAGCAGCCUCCUGUGGAAGAGUCUGCAGACAUGGAGCCAGCGCAGACUUCCCCAGGGAGUUUGGGUGAGAUGGACUCCCUGAGACCUGAGAAGGAGCGAUGCUACGAGAGUCAGGGGAGGCCCCCAAAGCAGAAGCAGAAGGAGAAGGUGGCCAUGAGCCAGGACCGGUGCAUCCCCCGAGGGAAGAUCACUCACCAGUGCACUGAGUGCCGGAAAAAUUUCAUCUGCUUGCAAGACCUGUCCCAGCAUGAGUGUGUGCGAAAGCACUGCACCAAGUGUGGGAAGAGAUUCAGGCAGCUGUCCAUCUUGGCGAGGCACUGGUGCAUGCACACAAGAGAGAAGCCACAUCAGUGUUCAGAGUGCUGUAAGACCUUCGCUCACUCCUCCAGACUGGCUCAGCACCAGCUUAUCCACACAGGGGACAAGCCAGAUCAGUGCUCGGACUCUGGGAAGAGCUUCAAUCACUUCUUCACCCUGGCUAGGCACCAGCGUAUCCACACAGGGGAGAAGCCACAUAAGUGUUCAGAGUGUGGGAAGAGUUUCAGUUACUCCUCCUACUUGGCUGAACACCAGCGUAUCCACACAGGGGAGAAGCCCUAUCAGUGCUCAGAGUGUGGGAAGAGUUUCCCUCGCUCCUACAACCUGGCCCAGCACCAGCGUAUCCACACAGGGGAGAAGCCCCAUCAGUGCUCAGAGUGUGGGAAGAGCUUCACUCACUCCUCCACCCUGGCUCAGCACAAGCAUAUCCACAUGGAGCAGAAGCCACAUAAGUGCUCAGAAUGUGGGAAGAACUUCACUUUCUCCUGGAGGCUGGCUCAGCACCAGCGUAUGCACAGGGGGGAGAAGCCCCAUCAGUGCUCAGAGUGUGGGAAGAGUUUCCCUCGCUCCUACAGCCUGGCUCAGCACCAGCGUAUCCACACAGGGGAGAAGCCCCAUCAGUGCUCAGAGUGUGGGAAGAGCUUCACUCACUCCUCCACCCUGGCUCAGCACAAGCAUAUCCACAUGGAGCAGAAGCCACAUAAGUGCUCAGAAUGUGGAAAGAACUUCACUUUCUCCUGGAGGCUGGCUCAGCACCAGCGUAUGCAUAGGGGGGAGAAGCCCCAUCAGUGCUCAGAGUGUGGGAAGAGUUUCACUCAGUCCUCUACCCUGGCUCAGCACCAGCGUAUCCACACAGGAGAGAAGCCCCAUCAGUGCUCAGAGUGUGGGAAGAGCUUCAAUCGCUCCUCCCACCUGGCUCGGCACCAGCGUAUCCACACAGGGGAGAAGACAUAUCAGUGCUCGCAGUGUGGGAAGAGAUUCACUCAGUCCUCCUACCUGGCUCAACACCAGCGUAUCCACACAGGGGAGAAGACAUAUCAGUGCUCAGAGUGUGGGAAGAGCUUCACUUUCUCCUUCCGCCUGGCUCAACACCAGCGUAUCCACACAGGGAUUAAGCCCCAUCAGUGCUCAGAGUGUGGGAAGAGCUUCACUCAGUCCUUCAGCCUGGCUCAACACCAGCGUAUCCACACAGGGGAGAAGCCUCAUCAGUGCUCAGAGUGUGGGAAGAGUUUCACUCAGUCCUCCACCCUGGCUCGGCACCAGCGUAUCCACACAGGAGAGAAGCCCCAUCAGUGCUCAGAGUGUGGGAAGAGCUUCAGUCGCUUCUCCCACCUGGCUGUGCACCAGCGUAUCCACACAGGGGAGAAGACACAUCAGUGCUCAGAAUGUCGGAAGAGUUUCUCUCGCUCCUCCCACCUGGCUCUGCACCAGCGUAUCCACACAGGGGAGAAGCCACAUCAGUGCUCAGAGUGUGGGAAGAGAUUCACUUUCUCCUUCCACCUGGCUCUUCACCAGCGUAUCCACACAGGGGAGAAGCCCCAUCAGUGCUCAGAGUGUGGGAAGAGAUUCACUUUCUCCUUCCACCUGGCUCGGCACCAGCGUAUCCACAGAUGGGUGAAGCCACAUCAGUGCUCAGAGUGUGGGAAGAGAUUCACUCGGUCCUCCAGCCUGGUUCGGCACCAGUGUAUCCACACAGGGGAGAAGCCCCAUCAGUGCUCAGAGUGUGGGAAGAGCUUCACUUUCUCCUUCCACCUGGCUCAGCACCAGAGUAUCCACACGGGGGAGAAGCCACAUCAAUGCUCAGAGUGUGGGAAGAGAUUCACUCGGUCCUCCUCCCUUGCUCAACACCAGUGUAUCCACACAGGGCAGAAGCUAUAUCAGUGCUCGGAGUGUGGGAAGAGCUUCACUCAGCCCUCCAGCCUGGCUCAGCACCACCGUAUCCACACAGGGGAGAAACCCCACCGGUGCUCAGUGUGUGGGAAGAGUUUCACUCAGUCCUCCAAGCUGGCUCAGCACUGUCGUAUCCACAGAGGGGAGAAGCCACAUCAGUGCUCAGAGUGUGGGAAGAGCUUCACUCAGUCCUCCACCCUGGCUCAGCACCAGCAUAUCCACACAGGGGAGAAGCUACAUCAGUGCUGGUAGUGUCUGAAGAACUUCUCUCUCUCCUCCCACCUGGCUCAGCACCAGCGUAUCCACACAGGGGAGAAGCCACAUCAGUGCUCACAGUGUGGGAAGAGCUUCACUUACUCCUCUAUCCGGGCUAGGCACCAGUGUUUCCACAGAAGGGUGAAGCCAACCUCAUCAGAACUGAGUACCACAAGGUGCCAGCUGCCCCUUCUGCUCUCCUUCCCUCCAUGCCAUUCUCUAGAGCAGCUUCCUUGGUAAUCAAGCCCAACAAUUUAAUGUGAUCCCCCUUUGGUGGAUCUCUACAUCCUCUCAAGACCUAUGAAAUGCGAUAAUAGAGGUAAAGGAGGUGCAGGCUGUGACAUGUCCUGCCUCUUGUGUGGAAGGGUGGGGAAAGAAUGAAGACAUCCUCUGUGUGAAAUGCAGCUUGUUGUAAUCUCCUCUCUGGAGAGGGAGCAUCAGCUCUCUGGACCUGCUUGAGAUGCACCUUUGGAUGCAUGACAAGGUCUGGCUGGUCUUGCUGGCUGCGGUCUGGCAUUGGCGGCUCGUGUUCAUCUUGAAGUGAAUAAUGACUCCAAGAUCCCUUUCCGCCUCUGUGCUUUCAAGAGGGGAACUCCCCAGCCUGUAUGUGUGCUGUGGAUUCCUUCUCCCCAGGUGCAGCACCCUGCAUUUGUCUGCGUUGAACCCCAUCCUAUUCUCAUCUGCCCAUUUUUGUAGUCUGUCUAAAUCUAGUUGCAGCCUCUCUCUCCCUUCAAGUGUGUCCACCUCGACCCACACCUUAGUGUCAUCAGCAAACUUGGACAGUGUGCUGUCACGGCGGGGUCCUGCAGGAGGGCCAUGAUCUCCUUAAGGCCCCUUCCUCCGUGCCAAGUUGGCCCAAGGGCACCCUCUGAUUCUCGCCCGCCACGUCUUUGAUGUUAAGAUAAGUUUGCGAGGCUGCUUUACGCCCUCUUGGUCACUUCUUGGUGUUGGUUCAGACCCUGUGGUUUCCCCCACUUCUUUAUGGGUUCUCACUCUAUGAUGGGUGCGUCAGGGGUACCCUAGUUUUAUGGGCUAUGCGUGGCUCCAACCACCCCUUAUACCAUGCCCCAAGCCUCACAGUUGGGAUAGACGUUGUUCGGUCUCAGUCUACAAUCUCUCUGGCGCUCGGGCCCUUGGUGGCCCUGUCUCUCCGCGCCCUCUCUCUGGGGCCUUUUCUACAAUGUUUCCCCUCUUCAGUUUUGCUGCCCUCCUCUGGGGCCUUCACUAUCAUGCCACCCUCUCUCUGGGGCCUCAUCUGCAGUGCCACCCCUCUCUCUGGGCUCAUCUCUGCAGUGCUGCCCCUCUCUCUGGGCUCGCUGUACCCACUCUGGGCCUCCUCGGCAAAGCCGCCCCACUCCUGGGGCUCUCUGUGCCCACUCUGGGCUUCCUCAGUCAAGCCGCCCUGUCUCUCGGGCUCACCGCAGUGCCACGCCCUUCUCCGGGGCUCACCGCAGUGCCACGCCCUUCCUCAGGGGCUCACCACACCCGCACUUGGGCUUCUCAACUGCCCCUCUCUGGGGCUGGGGUCUAUGCAUCCCGCACGCUUCGCCCUUACUGGCGCUGGGAUUCCCACGGUACUGUGGGUGCCAUAUGAAGCCUCCUCCAACCCCUAAUAGCCUCACCCAAACCACCGGUGUAACAACAAAGCAAAACACAAACUCAAGCCUCUUGGCCGUAACCUAAACAUAAGCCGCCUGGCUAUAACAACAUUGCUCAAGCAUCUUAGAGCUGCCGUCCUUUCUCCACUUAAGCUAUACCUGCAGUCAGGCUUCUUGCCACAUCCUGGCUUAGUGAGUGCCUGCCUCUCUGGCUGCUAGCAGAGAACUGACCUGGCCUCGGUUCCUGGGCUUUAUAUAGGAGCCAGGCCCUGCCCCUUGCAGUCAGCUGACCUCCUGGUUGCCCUGGCAACCCACAGCUGUGCUCCUUAUUCCCUGCUAGGGCUUUUUCCCCGGCAGUUUCCCCUCUCUAGGAGCAGGGCACCUCAGUGCUCUGCGACACGUGUGUUCCACCCCCUCGUCCAAGUUGCUGAUGAAGAUGUUAAACAGUGCGGGCCCGAGGACCAAGCCCUGGGGGACCCCACUGCUCACAUCUCGCCAGGUUGAGUACAACCCAUCCACCACUACUCUCUGGGUGCGCCCCAUUAGCCAGUUUUUUACCCAUCCAACUGUGCAGGCAUCAUUGCCGCAGUCACUUAAUUCAUUGAUGAGGAUGGGGUGAGAGACAGUGUCACAGGCCUUCUUACAGUCUAGAAAGACUAUGUCCACAGUGACACCAUCAUCCAAGGAUUUAGUUAAUUGGUCGUAAAAGACAAUCAGGCUGGUCUCGCAGGACCUGCCUUUGGUGAACUCAUGCUGAUUGGCCCCAAGCAUGAUCUCCCCCUGCAAGCCCCCCACAGGUGUGCUCCUUGAUGAUCCCCUCCAAGAGCUUCCCGAGCACCGAGGUGAGGCUUAAAGGCCUAUAGUUACUCAGGUACUAGUUCCUCCCCUUCUAGAAAAUUGGGACCACAUUAGCCAGUUUCCAAUCCCCUGGCACCUGGCCAGAUGACCUCAGAUGCUCAUCUAGUGGGGCCAAAGGCUCUGCGAUGACCCCUGCCAGCUCCCUCAACACCCUUGGCUGGAGGGAAUGUGGACCUGCAGAUUUAAAAAUGUCUGGCCCUUCCAGAAGAUCCCUAACUACAUCUGCACUGACUGAAGGCUUGAUAGAGCUAUCCCCAAGGUUGUCCCUACCUCUGGUAGGUGGGAUAUCCCGGUCCCUGUUCAGGAAAACAGAGGCAAAGAAACUGUUAAAAAUAUCAGCUUUCUUGUCUGGCGUGGCCACCAGAUUACCAUUUGUGUCUUGCUGGGGCCCUACAUUGCCUGGUGCCCUCUUCUUGCUCCCAAUGUACUUGAAAAAAGACUUUUGGUUGUCCUUAAUCCUGGAUGCUAGCCUGAGCUCCAUCUCUGCCUUGGCCUUCCUAAUAGCCCUCCUACACUCCCGGGCUGAGGAGGAGUACUCCUCCUUGGUGAUAGUUCCUCCCUUCCAGUGGUUGUACACCUCCCUUUUAGUCCUCAGGCAUUGCUGAAUGCCCUUGCUGAGCCCAAGGGGGUUUCUGAGUGCUCUUACCCUACUUGCUUCUCUCAGGGACUGUUAUCCUUUGGGCCUGGAGGAUCGCCCCCUUAAGGUAUGCCCAUCCCUCAUGGGCUCCCAUCUCUUCUACCUUCUGGGCCUUUAGUGCCUCCCCCACUAGUCUGCUAAGCUCCUUGAAUUUGUUGGAUAUUUGAAGUAUUUUCUUACUAGAAGGGUAGUAAAACACUGGAAUAGGUUACCCAGAGAGGUAUGUGGUGGAAGCUUUAUCUUUGGAAGUUUUCAAAACCUGUCUAGACAAAGGUUUAUCUGGGAUGAUCUAGUUGGAGAUGGCCCUGCUUUGAGCAGGGGGUUGGACUAGAUGACCUCCUGAGGUACCUUCCAACUCUCAUUUUCUAUGGCUCUUUAGAGGAAUGCCUGUUCUAUACAUUUGGGAGUAUUGGUUAUAGCCCUGUUGGACUUCUCUGGCAUAUUUUUGUGUUUUCACAGACCUGCAUUUUCCAUAUUGUCUUAAGUUUCUAUUCCACUCAGGAGAGCCCACAAACACCAGCAUAAUCAUCCUGACUGAAGAAGGGUGUUUGUGCCCAAAAGCUCGUACAGAACUAUUAUUCCAAUGAUUUAGUUGAUCUAAUAAAAGAUCUCAAGUUUACCCAAAGAA